CUGCGGGAUAUCUGACGUCACAAAGCCGGGCGGGAGUCACGAAGGCUGGCGUGGGUGGCACGUAGUGUGGGGCCGCUGGAGGGGCCGUGCGGGGCCAUGGGCUGUUGCCAAGACAAGGACUCGUACACCUCCGAUGAGCAGGCCAAGGAAUCUGUGGAAUUGGAGGAAGGCAGCGAAAGGGUCGAUGUGCACUCGCCGGACCACCACCGGAAUCGCAAGUCUAACGAAAGCCUUCUGAUCACUGUGGUGUGGCGGCGGCUAUCCAUGUUCAGCCGUCGGGGCUCUAUGCCGUCAAACAAGAGGAUAACCCAGAAUCAAAAGCAUGGGUGUGCGGUCCAGGAGAUCCAGGAGGAGCCGGAGAAGGGGUGACCCCAGCCUUGCUCUCAGUCCGCCCCAGCUUCCAGAGAAUAAAGUUUCUAACGUGUACCUGCCAGAGCCCUAGUGCCCCGCUACCGACUCGGGGCGCACUGGUCGCGUGCACCGCUGGGGCUGCGGGCUCUUUAAGGCUCCUCCCCGGAGGCUGGCCCAGCCCCCGGGCCCCCGGCUCUGGUUCCUUGGGGGCGGGGUCA